AUGAAGCUGGACGUCAAGCGCCAGCUCUACGCUCGCAGUGAGCGAGUGAAGGGCAUCGACUUUCACCCCCAAGAGCCAUGGAUCCUGACGACACUCUAUAGCGGACAUGUCUACAUCUGGUCGUACGAGACGCAACAGACUGUAAAGACUUUUGAGCUCACCGAUGUCCCCGUCCGAGCCGGUCGCUUCGUCGCCCGCAAGAACUGGAUCGUCUGCGGUUCCGACGACUUCCAGCUGCGCGUCUACAACUACAACACCUCGGAGAAGAUCACGUCCUUCGAGGCUCACCCCGACUACAUUCGAGCCAUUGUGGUCCACCCCACAUUGCCCUUUGUUCUCACCGCUUCCGAUGACAUGACCAUCAAGCUGUGGGAUUGGGACAAGGGCUGGAAAUGCGUCCAGGUCUUCGAAGGCCACAGCCACUAUGUCAUGGGCCUUGCCAUCAACCCCAAGGACACCAACACCUUUGCCUCGGCCUGCUUGGACCGCACCGUCAAGAUUUGGAGCCUCGGCUCGGGCUCGCCCAACUACACCCUCGAGGCGCACGAGAGCAAGGGCGUCAACCACGUCGACUACUACCCCCACUCCGACAAGCCGUAUCUCCUGACCACGUCGGAUGACCGGACGGUCAAGGUUUGGGACUACACGACAAAGUCUCUCAUCGCCACCCUCGAGGGCCACACCAACAAUGUGUCUUUUGCCUGCUAUCACCCGGAGCUGCCUGUCAUCAUCUCGGGUUCCGAGGACGGCACGAUAAGGGUCUGGCACGCGAACACGUACCGAUUCGAGCAGUCCUUCAACUACAGCCUCGAGAGAGCUUGGUGCGUGUCGUAUCAAAAGGGCAAGCAAGGCGUUGCCGUCGGGUACGACGAUGGCGCCGUCGUGAUCAAGCUUGGACGAGAGGAGCCUGCCGUGUCCAUGGAUGCCUCGGGCAAGCUGAUCUGGGCACGACACAACGAAGUGGUGUCUUCCAUCAUCAAAGGGGAUGCUUCCAUCAAGGACAACGACCCGAUUUCCUUGCCAGCCAAGGACCUGGGGACAUGCGAGGUCUACCCCCAGACGCUCACCCAUUCGCCCAACGGCCGAUUUGUUUCCGUCUGCGGAGACGGCGAAUACAUCAUCUACACGGCCCUGGCCUGGAGGAACAAGGCCUUCGGCUCCGCCCUGGACUUUGUCUGGGCUUCGAAAGAAAACAGCAACGAUUUUGCGAUCCGCGAGUCGCCCAUGAGCGUCAAGGUCUACAAGAACUUUGUCGAAAAGAGCGGCGGGUUGGACGUCGGAUUCCAGGCCGAGGGGCUCAUUGGCGGUGUCCUGCUGGGUGUCACGGGACAGGGCGGCAUCUCCUUCUUCGACUGGAACACUGGCGGCCUGGUCCGAAGAAUCGAGGUCGAGCCGAAGCAGGUGUCUUGGUCGGAGAGCGGCGAGCUGGUGGCCAUAUCUUGCGAGGAUACCUGCUACGUGUUGCGCUUCUCCCGCGACGAGUAUGUGGAAGCCGUGCAGGCUGGCCAGGUGGAGGAAGACGGCGUCGAGGCGGCGUUUGAGGUCAUCACCGAUAUUGCCGAGAGCGUUCGGACGGGCGAAUGGGUUGGCGACUGCUUCAUCUACACAAACAGCGCAAACCGACUGAACUACCUCGUCGGCGACAAGACGUACACCGUGUCUCACUUCGACAAGCCAAUGUACAUCCUCGGAUACAUCCAGCGCGAUUCUCGUAUUUACCUGGCGGACAAGGACGUCAACGUGACGUCGUUUGGCCUGUCGCUGCCCGUUUUGGAGUACCAAACGCUCGUCCUUCGAGAAGACAUGGAGACGGCGGCGGAGCUCUUGCCGUCGAUUCCGGCCGAUCAGCUGAACAAGAUUGCGAGGUUCCUGGAAGGCCAAGGCCACAAGGAGCUGGCGCUGCAGGUGGCGACGGAUCCCGAGCACAAGUUCGACCUGUCGCUUGCCCUGAACCAGCUCGACAUCGCCCUCGGGCUGGCGCGUGAGGCGGAUAUGGAGCAUAAGUGGAAGACGGUCGGCGACGCCGCUCUCGUUGGCUGGGAUGUCGGGCUCGCCGCCGAGUGCUUCACGAACGCCAAAGACCUCGGGUCCCUCCUCCUGCUUCAUUCGUCGACGGGCAACCGAGAGGGGCUCACGAAACUGGCCACGCAAGCGCAGGAGAGCAACGCACACAACGUGGCCUUUUCGUGCUACUGGCUGCUCGCCGACGUGGACAAGUGCACCGAGGUGCUGGCGGGCACCGGUCGUCUCGCCGAGGCGGUACUGUUCGCGCAGACGUACAAGCCCAGCCUGGUGGUCCCGUUGGUGAGGAAAUGGAAAGAGAACUUGGAGAAGGGAAAGCGUGGCCGGAUCGCCAAGCUCAUCGGAGUGCCAGACGAAGACGAAGAUCUGUUUCCCGAGUGGGACGCUUGGCUGACGGCAGAGCACGAGGGUAGCACGACCGGCAAGGCGACGACGGGCUCAGCAGCACACGGAGGCGAGGAGGUCGAGGAGACGGCAGGCAUGGAGGAGACGGCAGAAACUUCGGCACCAUCCGGGGUGGACGAAUCAUCGGCCACGCGAGCCAAGGAACUUGACGAAGACGAGGAGGAGGUAGCGGCCAAGGAAGCGGCCGAAGCAGCGGGAGAGGAGGUGGGAGCGGAAGAAGAAGAAGAGGAGUAA